GGUUAUACAUUUACUUACAUUUGUAGCCGAGAGGUUCACCUCACCUUACAUGAUCAGCACACUCUGGAUUCUUCUUUGCUGGAGGCUCACAAGACCUGAGUAAUGGCAUCAUAUGCAACCCUGACGUUCCUCCUGGUGUUUUCAAUGACGCUGAUACCCUCGUGUUGGGGAGGGAAAAUUCUGGUAUACCCCUUUGAUGGAAGUCACUGGAUCAACAUGAAAAUUUUGGUGGAGGCGCUUCAUUCUCAAGGACAUGAAAUCACAGUGCUGCGUACCUCCACCAGCUGGUACGUCUCUGAGAAGUCACCUUACUACACGUCUAUCACUGUCAUGCUGGAGCAGUCCCAGAAAAUUGAGAGCCAGAGCUUCAUGACUUCUUUCCUGGAAAGGUCCAUAGAGAUCAGACGACAUAAAGGCUCACCUUGGGCCUUUGUGGAGUUCUACAGGAACCUUUUCGGCUUUAUUGGAGAGAACCAGAUGGUUGUGGCUCAAUUGGUGGUCAACAUUUUUGAGAAUAAAACUCUCAUCAAGGAGCUGAAUGAGACAGGAUAUGAUGUUUUCUUGAUGGACCCAGCCUUUCCAGCCGGAGUGCUCCUGGCUCACUACUUGGACCUCCCCAUGGUCUUUAACGUACGCUGGCUUUUCAACGGAGAGGCUCACUUUGCCAUCGCUCCAUCUCCUCUGUCCUACAUCCCUGAGCUCUUCUCAAAGUACACUGAUAAAAUGGACUUGUUUCAAAGAAUGAACAACAUCAUCUAUCAUGGUGUUCUGCUUUACAUGCACUACUUUGUUGCAAAUCCUCCACUCCAGGCUGUGUGUGAUCAGUAUUUUGGAGGUGAUGUCAGCGCCAUGUCUCUUAUACAAAAAGCCGAUAUCUGGCUGAUGAGGGUUGACUUCACUUUUGAGUACCCACGUCCCACCAUGCCCAAUGUGGUCUACAUUGGAGGCUUUCAGGGGAAGCCCACCAAGCCUCUGCCGGCAGAUUUGGAGGACUUUGUGCAGAGUUCUGGUGAACACGGCAUUGUCGUCAUGACUUUAGGAACGCUGCUGGGCCACUUGGGCCCUGAAAUAUCGGAGAUCAUCGCCUCUGCCUUUGCAAAGCUCCCUCAGAAAGUUGUGUGGAGACAUCUCGGGAAGAAACCCGCCACUCUAGGGAAUAACACCCUGCUGGUGGAUUGGAUGCCUCAGAAUGACUUACUAGGCCACCCUAAGACCAAAGCCUUUGUUACACAUGGGGGUACAAACGGCAUAUACGAAGCCAUCUACCACAGUGUCCCAAUUUUAGGCAUUCCUCUUAUCUUUGACCAGGAUGACAACAUGGUACGGAUGAAGGCCAAGGGAGUAGCUGAGAUUGUUGAAGUGACAACACUGGAUGUGGGGUCUUUCUUGAGUUCCCUGAGGAAUGUUCUUGAUCCGCAGAAGCCUUACAAACAGAAUAUGAUCAAAUUGUCCCAGCUGCAUCAUGAUAAACCCAUGAAACCCAUCGACACUGCUGUCUUCUGGAUAGAGUACGUUAUGAGGCAUAAGGGGGCUCCACAUUUGCGCACAGAAUCCUAUAAGUUGCCAUGGUAUGUCUAUCACUGUCUAGAUGUCUUUGCUGUUUUUGGAGUCUUCUGUCUUCUAGUCGCUGCAUCUAUUUGGAUUUCGUGUAGAUGGCUCUGUAAGCACCUAACCAGGUCCAAAAAGUCCAAAAUAAAAUCCAAGAGACAAUAGAAUAACAGAUUUCGAUUUCAUGGUCCAAUGAAAAACACAUAAAAACAGGAUGUGUCCUGGAAAAACAGGACGUUUGGUCACCAUUACAUAUUUCAUUCAUGCUGUGAAUUUUGUUAAGAUAUAUAUAGCAGAGUCGCCCUCUGUUGGUCAAACGAGGGAGUUCUAACGAAAAACAGCAGGUACAGUAUUUACCAGAGGUGUGGACUCGAGUCGCACGGCUUAGACUCGAAUCAAAUUCAAGUCACAAUUUUCAUGACAUUGGGCUCAGCUUGACAAUAUCAUCAAAGGCUCGACUCGGACUUUGACCCAACCGUAGCUGUGCUCAGAGUGGAUGGGGCAUAAACUGGAAGUGGGUGUGGUUUAACCGGAAAUGGGUGGGGCUUAAAUCGGUACGUUAUGUCUGAAAUUGACAUGGAUUUAUCGGAAGUUGCUAUAUUUGUUGUUUAUUAUCCAGCUAUAUGUGUACUGUGUAUGUGUGUAUCUGUAAGACUUUAUUAUUUAAUUAUGUUUUCAUGAUCUGUGUGAAGUUGGUGAUUCAUGCAAACAUUCACUGAUGGCAAACCGGGAAAUAAUCUGUCACACUUGUUCACUGUAGUUGUUCAGUACUACAAGCAAAGUUUUCCAACUGACUUUAUAUUAUCAGCCAAAUUAGAAGCAAGAAGACGAAAAAAAAAUGAAACAAGUUUACCAAGUAACUUUAGAUACGAGCUGAGCUGAGGAAAACCUAAAAAUAACUUCCCGGGUGGAGGCAGCGACCAACGCGACACGAGCCCUUUUCAACUCUAUCUUGCCAAAUGCACUGCGUACUCCUUCCUCUGGCUGUAGGGAGUCUGUCUUGGGAGGGGCAGUCGCUGUCUGUGACUGGACAAUCACAUAAGGAGUUACCCAAAGAGGAUUUUCCUUCACGACCCCGGGUAAUGACGAGCUGUACUCGUUUCAUGCUCGUACACGGCAAAAAUGCAUUGUGAUCAGACUCAUGUGAUCAGACUCCAGCUCUUAGUCCUCAUGUCAGCUUUGAAGGACAUCUGAUGAUAUGAAGUGAAGUUAUGACAGUCUGAUGGAUAAUGGCGAGGAGCAGUCUUCGCCACCAGGCUCCACCCACUACAUGUAAUUAAACAUCAUACUUCAUAUCAUCAAUCUGUUCAAUGUGCCCUGUGUUAAUGUGAAAGUCAUUCAAUAAAUGAACUCAGAGGAGUGGGUUUUUCUAUCAAGCGUGUAUUUACUUGUCACUUCCCGUCGUCACAUGGAGGCGCUGUGACUAAUUGAGGAAGUGACGUAUGGUCAUGCACACCAAUUAUUGUAGAAGUCUGACCUAGUGGAGUCGAGUUAUUUGAAUUUUGCGUUGCUUGGCGAGCCUCCAAGGCUCCACCCACAUUCCAGUGUGUACGUUAAAAUGGUUUGCCCAUAUGUCUAGUAUCUGUGAUUUUCAUGUGGCCUUGCUCAAAGUCCUUACGACUAUCCAUCCAUCCAUUUUCUAUGCCGCUUCUCCUCAUUAGGGUCGCGGGGAAGCUAUCCCAGCUGACUUCGGGGGUACACCCUGGACUGGUCGCCAGCCAAUGGCAGGGCACAUAUUGACAAACAACCAUUCACACUCACAUUCAUACCUAUGGGCAAUUUAGAGUCGCCAAUUAAGCUAACAUGCAUGUUUUUGGAAUGUGGGAGGAAACCGGAGUACCCGGAGAAAACCCACGCACGGGGAGAACAUGCAAACUCCACACAGAAAUUCCCAACGGAGAUUCAAACCCAGGUCUUCCUGAUCUCCUGACUGUGACCACUAGACCAGUUUGUCGAAAUACAACCCCAGGUUUUUGCCCAAAAUGGCCACUUUCACACAAAAUGGCCGACUUCCUGUUUGUUUUUGAGCAUGGGAUCAUGAGACUUUUUUCUGCAUCCUUUCAUGAAUGAUGUCUCCACCACAUUUUAUAAAGAUCUGUGAAACGCAUGGUGGGGGAUAAUUUUUUCUAAUUUUUUAGGGGGCGCUGGUCAGUCAAUUUGGGAGCGGCACCAUAUUGUUCAGGCAUGGAUUCUUACUUCCCGUUUUCAACCACAUGUGACCAUCUGCAGUUAAAUUACGACAAUUUGGUGGUCAAUGGCGAAGGCAGACACUUUGCCGCGAUGCCACGCCCACCGCGUGCGCUUUACAUGCAUAAUGGUGCAGCAUUCAAGCUCAUCAGUCUGUCAGUCAUACUUUCUAUUGAAUUAGAUGUCGAUCUGAAAAAUCUCCUUGGAGGAAAAGCCUAAUGUAAAUCACAAACUUUAUCCUGUGACCACUGGGUGGCGCUGAGACGAAUUCAGGAAGUGAGCUACGUAUACCUUGAAGGUGUUGUCUUGAUCACAUGUACCAAUUAUGACGUAGAUCUGACCUUGUGGAGCCGCGUUAUUAACUUUUUGUUCAAUGUUCAAAGCAACGUUAGAAUCAAAAUAUCAGUUUGUCGCAAUGCCCCGCACGCUUUAUGGACCGGCCUAAAAUCCUCCGCAAUCUAACAUCGCCCAUCUGUCUAGUGUCCGUUGAUGGUCCAUUGGGCUCAUUUGAUCAAAGUCCCUAGGAGGAUUUUGGCAAAAUACAACCCCUGGUUUUUGCCCCAAAAUCACCGCCGCCAACGAAAAUCGCUGACUUCCUGUUCUUUUGGGAAUAUGGCUUCUUGAGACUUUUUUGUGCGUCCUGUCAUGAUUGACGUCUCCACCAAGUUUCGUGACGGUCCAUGAAACUGGUGGCAGGGGCUAAUUUUUUUAAAAUGUAAAGGGGGCGCUACUGAGUGCAAGUUUGGGAGUUUGUGUUUGGGACCCCUGGAAUAUCACAUUUUUCACCAGGCCUGACUUUGGUGAGUUUUCAUGCACGUUAAGGCCCUGAAAAAUGGGAGGAAAGUCGCGGAAUUAACAAAAUAAAAAAAGAAAAAGAAAAAGAACAAUGAUAAUAAAAAUAUCAGUUUCAAUAAUUAACAGUAAUUAACACUAAUUAACAGGCUAAUGUGGUCGCUAUUUAUUGUCUAUUUAUAUACAGUAUGAAAUGCAGGAGAUUGCAGUGAAGUUAGCCUGUUAGUUAGAACUAGUGACAACCAACAAUUCAAAACAUGGCGAAUAUUUAUUCAUUUAUUGUGAAAAUCAAUAAUUAUGCUACUUUCGGUCUCCACUCAGCUGGAGUGUGUGUCCGAGUAAACUUCGUCUGCCCCUACGUCUCAAGUCUGGUCCCCGACCAUACAUGGUUUCUCGCGCUGUACACGCCUUAGCACCUUAGCACCCCUUACCUGUUGAUUUAAGGGGAAUUGGGACACCACUUGAUUCUCGUGAACGCUCAAAACCUAGGGGUGAGGGUGGAACUAAAAUUCAGCUAAAGUCUUGUCACACUGGUCUUAUUUUAUUUAAAAAAUAAAACAAUUCAAAUUGCCUUAUUGUAAUUGUAUUUGUCAAAUUUAAUACACUGUUGUAGUGUUAAAACAUGUCAUUUGGGAUGCACUAAACAGUCGUGUAAGGACUCGUACGUUUCAAGCCUAUGACUUCAAACUUUACUCGACCUGUCUUGUCUUGACUCGAGACAUGACUUGGACUUCACUGCUUGCGACUUGAGAUGAAAUAAUUCAGACUUGCUAAACACUGACUUGCUCCCACCUUUGGUAUUUACGCUUAUUAUGAUUAAUUGUCAGCGGUGUAUGUCGAUAUGGCCGACAUGGGGUGCUGUGACAUUUUGCAAGAAGGCAGGUGUAUGAACAAUGUAGGUAGUACAUUUAGGAUAUUGAUCUUGUGAUGUGAAGUCAUCUUCUACUUGUACUUGUUUUGCAUGGAUCAAUAAAGACAUAUUUCUCUCUGAUUGUGAAAAGAGUUGUUUCUGGACCGUGAACAGCCCUGUAAGAAGCCAGCUCUCUUGGAAAAAAAAUGA